AUGGGAGCAGCUGCCUCGAGCAUUGUUAUGACUCUUCCAUUUCGCCUCACAUUCAACUCGAUUUAUAACGACGCUGCGAAGGAGCUCGUCAAAACUCGCCGCCACCGCAAAAUGGUCUCGUCUGGAAUUCAUUCCAGAAGUCGGUGGUCCAAGGUUUUCAGGAGAGGCUUGGCCUCACGACAAAAGCAUCGAUUAGCGUGGGAACGUCUCGUCUGCUACCACACGCGCUCAUCAGCUUAUCCGGCAUCUCGGGUUUCAUUGAGGGCUUAGGUGGUCGCAUCCGAUGGGAAGAAGACGUCUGUCAGGCUCCCAAGAAGGUAACAGACGGUUGGCUCGCGCUCAUUGUACACACACCAGCUCUGGGUUAAUAGCCAAUCUACAGUAAUUGAUGAAGGUAAUGUCACCUCUCUGUUUGCGCUAAUUAUGGAGCAGAAGAAGGUUCAAGAAAACUUUGUUUUCUGAAAUUUCCUCACCAAGCAUAAUAGUUGAAAAGCUCCAGUUUGUCAUAGUUCGUCAAGUUUCGCCAGAGUUUCGGGUAAUCACUUGGAGAGUUCUACCAAAGUUCAAUCAAAUGAGAUAUUCACUUCCGUUUUGUUUUAAACGUUACUUCAAAAUAACAAGCAAUCCAGAUUUCUGUUAAAACCUUCAAAAAAGAACUGGAAAAAGCACAAAAAAAUUAAUACAUAAAAUUCACUUCUCCCUUUAAAUAAAAAUGUUCACCAUUAUUUAACUCGUUUUUAUAAUGGUCUCAAAUGCCAAUUUGAAAACAAAAAAAAACGCUCAAAUAGCACCCUUUGUAAGUUUUUGUCAAACUUUUUACAGAAUUGCUGCUGAUCAGAAGGCCUAUAGUCUGCCAUGCGAACAUUUCUGGAGUAAUUGACAAAGAUGACGCACCUGAGACCAAUUAGAAGGAUUUUUGGGUGACAGCUCGGGAUCUCGAGAGCUGGCGCGAUGAAUGAGUGCUCACAGGUGAGGAUCCGUCAUUUCCGCUGCUCCGUAAUUGGCUUUGACCCCAAUCCUAUAUCUUAGAGUUUCCUAAUUGUUCACAUGAGCGACUGGUUUCCGAGGUAGGAAGAAAUGAAGGAAAAAGAAGAAUCAGGGGGGUUUUGCGACAGAAAAAGUUCCUCGUAGCCGGUGUAGGGUUUUCACCAAAAAAAGGAAACUCUCCUUGCACCUGCUCUUUUUCUAUUCAUCUUCUAGUUUUUGCGAACAACAACAAAAAAUAAAGGAUUUCAUUGUUUUUUGAUUGAUUCUAUCAAAAUUUUUGUUUCCUUUAGCGAGUCCACAUAAUCGACUUCUGUGCCUGACACAUCAAAAUAAGUAUAGGUAGGUGUGAAGUUCGGCUCACUAGAUUUUUUUCUCUAGAAAAAAAUUGAAACUGAGGUUUAAAGAAAGUCUUUAUGUGCUAUUUUUAGUAACUUUACAAACUGUAAGGCUACAGAGAGAAUUUUGUUUUAAAGAUUUUCUGAUUUUACGAGUUUUUUUGCCUCGAACUCCCAGGAAAUGUGUCUAUGCUCCUUUGGAAACACCUUAGAAGCUUUUUCGAACUGAUUAUAGUUAUUGAUAACUUCAAUUCACGGGAAGACUUGGUGGAACCUAGGAAACUUAUUUUUUGAUGACCGGUCGUCACCACGAAAAACAAUGAAAAGAGGAAAGAGACGACUGUGUUAUGGCUACCAUAAAUCAAGACAGUCCGGUGGUCGAAUUUCAGGGAUGCGUCGAGGAAAACGGAAAAAACGAGCUUGUUGGGAUGAAUUGGCUCAUCGCCAAUGAGAUGCGUCCAGGCAGGUGCACUUCUACCGUAGUAUAUCAAUUGAGACGAAUGGCAAGGCUCGGCCGCAAAGUGUUUAUAUUAACUAAUACCUAGGCGUGAGCGUCUUCAUAAACAUCCACCAGGCUGCCAGUUUGCAUUUUGAGUUGAGAAAGCAGAAUCGUAAAGGAAGACUGGAAAGUAGGCGGAAAGCAAGGAACUCAGAACAAAGGAACAGUUUUCACUAUACAAUUUUGUUAAUUUAUAGUUUUUAUCCGCUUCAACUCUCCUCUCUGAAUAUUUGGAGCUUGGACGUUUGACUGGGACCAAAGUCUGAGAAUUUCAACUUGCAAUGUUGCGCAGAUAGCGGCUAAUAUGAACUUUUAUAGAGUUUUUCAAAACUCUUCCGUGUGAAAUUUGGAGGAACUUUUGAAAAUCACUUGAAAAGACCUUCUGAGUCAGUUUAUGCAUCAAAAAACACCAUUUUAUCAACAAAAAUGAGUUCGGAAAAGAGGGAAGCGGCAAAGCAGGCGCGAUAGCAGUUUCAAGAAGACAGCGGCGGUUAGGCGGAAAUGAAAUCAAGGAGCGGGUUACCUAGAUCAGAUUUGAUGGAGGUUCCCCGCAAGUUCAUUUCUGUUUUGUUUCUGAACGAGGAAAAAGAAGAGAGGUAGAAAUUUCGACCGAGAUUCGAAAAAGGAGAGACCUAAAGCAACAAGGUUGCUCUGAGGCACUGAACGAGUUGGAACGCCUGGGGGUGUGAUUGGCUCCAAAAGUUGGCCACGCCCCUUUCCUAAGGAGCUUUCAUCCUCCACGUCUUCGAGAUGUCGUGUAUGCUUUACAGCAGAAGAAUCUAGGAUAACGAGAAAUUCGGCAAGCUUUCGAAUUCCACUGAAAACUCUUGGCCUGGAGCCUAAGUGUGAGGGCAUUUGCGGUCAACAGAUGAACCUUGUCCACCUGUCCUGCUGAUCGUUUUGUGCAUUUGAAAUCGUCUUGUGUCCACCGCGCCACACGUUUUACGGCCUCGUAACCGCUCUGGCGCUCGCAACAUCUGCGACGCCCAAUGUUGCGACUUUACCGUCCAAGAUGCUCUUAUCCGCUUGAAAAAAAGUCUUUUUAGGAGCGCAGCUGAUCAAAACUAGAUUAGUUCCAGAAAGUUUCUGAACUGUAUUUUUUCAGAAGAUGAGAAAUUAGUUUACUGGAUAAUGUGUGAAAGUUGGAUUUUUAAGCGCCCAUUCAAAAAGGAACAAGUUUCAGUCUCUGAAGAUUUCCGGAACUUUGUUUAUCACAUCAGAGAGGGCUCCAAAAAGUAUCUGAGUAGAGUAGAUUCCCUUCAACUCGUCAGGAAGCUGAAUCGCGUCGAGAUGGUAAUAUAGCCUGAUUUCAGGGGGUACCCUCUCCGAACUUUGUAUGAAGAAGACCUCAGUUCACUAGCUCUCUUUCUGCCUGCGCAGAAGUUAUCUCCGGCUCUGGAGAUAUCGUCGAGUUGGCUGACCUUGGCUGGCGCUUCGCAACAUCUGGAUGGACCAAGGUUUGACGGGAGGUGA